GGCAUCCCGGGCUGGUUGUCCAGACACCGAGGCCAGUGCGGGGAAGGGCCCCGGAGGCCUAGGUCGGAGGCGGGGGCGGGCCCAGGCACGGGGAUCUGGACCUGAGCAGGAGGACCCCCCGGUCCUGCGUCAGUCUUCCUUCGCGAGAAAAGAGGGCCAGCCGCUUCCCUCUGCCCCCGCAGGGCUUGAACGCUGGCCCCGUCUCGGUCCCAAUGCCCUCUUCUUUGUGGCCUCCUUUCCCCAGCUGCCGCUCGCCGCCAUGCCGCCCCUGCUGCCCCUGCGCCUGUGCCGGCUGUGGCCCCGCAGCCCUCCCACCCGGCUCCUCGGAGCGGCCGCCGGGCAGCGGUCGGUUCCCAGUAAUUAUUAUGAACUGUUGGGGGUGCAUCCUGGUGCCAGCACUGAUGAAGUUAAACGAGCUUUCUUCACCAAGUCCAAAGAGCUGCACCCCGACCGGGACCCUGGGAAUCCAGCCCUGCACAGCCGCUUUGUGGAGCUGAGUGAGGCAUACCGUGUGCUCAGCCGUGAGCAGAGCCGCCGUAGCUAUGACCACCAGCUCCACUCAGCGAGUCCCCCGAAGUCUUCAGGUGCCACAGCUCAUCCCCAAUCUGCUCGUCAAACACACAGCAGCUCCUGGGCGCCCCCUAAUGCACCAUACUGGGCCCAGUUUCACGGUGUGAGGCCACAGGGGCCUGAAUCGAGGCAGCAGCAGCACAAACACAACCAGCGGGUGCUGGGGUACUGCAUCCUGCUCAUGCUGACAGGCAUGGGCCUGCACUAUGCCGCCUUCAGGAAGUUGGAGCAGGUGCACCGUAGCUUCAUGGAUGAAAAGGAUCGGAUCAUCACAGCCAUCUACAACGACACACGGGCACGGGCCAGGGCCAACAGAGCCAGUUUCCAGCAGGAGCGACUGCAGAGGCAGCAGCAGCCACCACCCAGGCCUCCCUAAGUCCCCAGCCCCUGAGGGGCUCACUUGGAUAGGGCCUGCUAUAGGGUCUGCCGUGUCCUCCCUGCUUCCUUCCCAGGUGUCCCCACGCCCCAAAACGCGUGCAAUAAAGUGAAUUUCAGA